CGAAUUCAACUUAACAGUUGGAUUCCGUUUCGAAUUAACAAGGAAGCAAUCGGUUCGGAAUAACAGUUCAAAUUAGAUCCGGAUUCAAUUCAAUUCAUCAUGCAAUAAAUAUAUGAGCUCAUGGCACCUGAUCGGCAAUCAAUCACCAAACGUGGGUCGUCUCAGAGAUCGAUCAGCUUCAGAAUUCGCCGUCGAUCAAUUUAGACAUCUAUCAGCUCGCGUGACAUCAUCAAUGGCGGCGGCGGCAGAAGAGAAGAACAAGAAGAUGAUCAAGGUGAUCAGCUCCGACGGGGAGGCCUUCGAGAUGACGGAGGCGGCGGCGAGCAUGUCGCGGAUACUCCUCCACAUGAUCGAGGACGGCUGCACCGGCGACGGCGGCGCCGGGAUCACUCUCCCCAACGUCGCCGGCAGCGCCCUCGCCAAGGUCAUCGAGUACUGCACCAAGCACGCCAUCGCCGCCGCCGAAGGUAGCAGCAGCAGCCGCAAGGCGAAGGAGGAGCUGAAGAAGUUCGACGUGGAGUUCAUGGAGGUGGGCAUCGACAUGCUGUACGACCUGAUCAUGGCGGCCAACUUCAUGGGCGUGGAGGGCCUUCUCAGCCUGGCGGCGCAGCGCACGGCGGAGCUGAUCAAGGGCAAGUCGCCGGAGCAGAUCAGGGAGAUGUUCGGGAUCAAGAACGACCACACGCCGGAGGAGGAGGAGCAGAUCCGCAAGGAGUAUGAAUGGGCCUUCUAGGCUAUCAGGGUUUAAAAUUGUGGAACGAAAUUCCAGUUUUAUCGGAGGGGACCCCUCCGAUAUGAUAUUAUUUCGGCCGAAAUUUUAAUUUUUUUUCUUUCUCUUUAUGUACUAAAAAAGAUGUCCGUGCGUUACAACAGGUGAAUGAUAUUUUAAUCUUAUUAUUGUUAUGGUUUGGCUAGCGUGAAAUUCACUGUGGAAAUU